UGCUCGGGUAGGACAUAACACUGAGAAUACUGUAGAAUCAUACCUAAAAACUGUAUAUUCACUUCUUUUUGCCCACUUAAAUUCUGGAAUGGCCUGAUUUUAGGUGCGUCCUUUUGUACUGGUGGGCUGCAACUGAUGAAUGGGUUGGAUGACAUAUGAAAAACAAUGAGGACCCCACAUUCGAUUCGGAUGUUUCUACCGUGGGCAUCCCUCAAUGAUCUGAUGCAGUUUGGCUAGUGACCCCAACAUCAGCCAGCUAGCCGGUGUCAAAGCUGUGGGCCCUUCCAUGAUGUGGGGGAUUUGCUAAAGGGAGUAUAGAUCUUGGUGGACUCGAGGUGUAUCAGCUCUCUACUUUCAGUAAGAUUUGGGCCACACAUGAAGGUGGACCCGAUGACCUUGGUGCCACAUUUCUCAAACCUUCACAGAUACCCGACGGAUUCUUCAUGCUAGGUUGCUAUUGCCAGCCCAACAACAUACCUCUAUUUGGGUGGGUACUUGUCGGAAAAGGCAACGGUGAAGAUAGCUCCGAUGCUGCCGGAGGAACACUUUCGAAGCCGGUGGAUUACACGCUCAUUUGGAGCAGUGAAUCCACGAAAAUUAAGGAAGAUGGUCAUGGCUACAUUUGGUUACCAACCCCACCACAAGGGUAUGUAGCUGUGGGGCACAUCGUCACAAACUCUCCAGACAAACCAUCCCUUGAUGAAAUCCGAUGCGUCCGUUCAGACCUCACCGAACAGUGCGAGAAUGAAACAUUGAUAUGGGGUACCAAUCAGAAAAAUAAUUCCAGUGGGAUCAACAUCUAUAGUUCAAGACCCACCACUAGGGAGACCCAAGCUCUUGGUGUAUGUGUGGGAACAUUUCUAGCUCAGGUAGAUGGUACUUCUUCGCCUUCGCCAUUAGCUUGUUUAAAGAACAAGGACUCCAAUCGAUCUAAUAUGCCUAACCUCACCCAAAUUGAGGCACUGAUGCAAGCUUACUCUCCAUUGAUCUACUUCCAUCCUGAUGAGUCCUACUUACCCUCAUCAGUCACCUGGUUCUUCAACAAUGGAGCUCUACUCUACAAACAAGGCGACGCAACCCCAACACCGAUUGACCCAACCGGUUCGAACCUCCCCCAGGGUGGUUCGAAUGAUGGGACUUAUUGGUUGGAUCUACCCGUUGAUAAGCAGGCCGAAUUAAAGAUAAAGAGGGGUGAAUUGCAAAGCUCGGUUUGUUACUUACACGUGAAACCGAUGCUUGGCGCAACAUUCACCGACAUAGCCAUUUGGGUCUUCUACCCAUUUAACGGGCCCGCGAGGCUUAAGCUCCAAUUGGUCAGUCUGCCACUGGGGACGAUAGGGCAACAUGUAGGUGAUUGGGAGCAUGUGACAUUGAGGGUAAGCAAUUUCACUGGGGAGCUAUGUAGGGUGUACAUGUCACAACAUAGCAAUGGAAGGUGGUUGGAUGCAGCAGAGCUAGAGUUUGAAGGAGGAAACAAGGUUGUAUCGUACGCAUCCUUGAAUGGCCAUGCUUUGUAUUCUAAGGCAGGGCUGGUGCUACAAGGGAAUAGCACAUUGAGCAUAGGCAUAAGGAAUGACACCAAGAAAGGAAAGCUUAGUAUGGACACAGGCGCCACGUUUGAAGUGGUCGCAGCCGAGUACUUGGGUUCGAUCGUGGAGCCACCAUGGCUAGGGUAUUUGAGGAAAUGGGGCCCAACAACUAACAACACUCCUAAGUUGUUUGGAUUUCUCCCAAGGGAAGUGUUCGGGGAAGACGGGCCCACUGCACCCAAGGUGAAGCGUAGUUGGGAUGGAGAUGAAGUUUGAGCGUAUUGUUAGCAGAAUAUUGAUGUGUGCAUGUAGAUUUGUCUGUAUGAAUGUUUGCUGGUGCUGUCAUUCUCCCAGUAGCAAUAGCUUAUUUUAUAUGAUCGGUUUUGCAGUUUAUGAUCA